AUGUAUAUAUGGUGUGAAUUAACGCUCAAGUUCCUUAAUUAAAACCGAUACAGUUUUGCUAUCGGCUGUGCUUGCGCGCAUUGAUUGCUAAGAAAGAAACAAAUAAGAAGAAGAAACAACAACAAAACAACUGUAGCUUAUGCUUGAUUUGGGCAAAUAUUGCAAUUAUGAGACGACAACAACGUAAAUGCAUUGUUGUCAAUAUGCGCUCGGCCGUAGCACUAAUUGUGCUAUUCGUGUCGACGGGCAUUAGGAACAGCGAGACUGCAACGGGUGGCAACCAGAUGGAUUUGGCGGAUGCAAAGAGUGAUCAGCAACUGCAUCCGCGCAAGGACAACAGCAACAAUAACAACAACAACAAUAAUAAUAAUAACAAUGACAACGAAGCCUUCAUACCCAAUCCCAGCAACAUGCUCAGCAAAUCGACAACGAACAGCAACGAGAACAGCACCAACUUCCUGUGUCCACUGGACAAGGACACGCCAUGUGCUCGCCUGCACUUCCCCUGCAUACGCUGUGCCUACGACCAUUCCUGUCUCUAUGGCCGCGAUGUGAACAUCACCUGCGAGGUGGCCAACAAUGUCCAAUGCCAGGGCGAACGUUCGUUCCAGCGCCAAAUGGUCUGUCGCUACUGCUAUCAGGCGGAGAUGUGGCAGCAGAAUUGCGUCCAACGCGCCAAUUGUAACUCGGCAGCGGACAAAUACUAUCGCACCAAUUGCACCGUCUAUCCGGAUGUUCUGUGCCUGGGCAAUCGCUCAUUUACGCGCAACCUAAAAUGCAAUUGGACGCAGGGCUAUAGUUGGAGUACGGCGCUCCUAAUUAGUCUAACUCUGGGCGGCUUUGGAGCGGACCGAUUCUAUUUAGGCCACUGGCAAGAGGGCAUUGGCAAGCUGUUCAGUUUUGGCGGCCUCGGCGUUUGGACAAUUAUCGAUGUACUGCUCAUAUCCAUGCAUUAUCUGGGACCCGCCGAUGGCUCCCUUUAUAUUUAAGUAUCGUUUAGAUUAAAGACUGUAAAGCCUAAUCCCUAGGCAAAAUUUAAUUGUAUAUUUAUGUUUUGUAAAUAAAAAGUUUGACGUUUGUGUAUUUCAAUUCCAAAAAA